AUGAGGAGCAGAGCAUCAGGAUAUACUAAGAAAACAGGUAAAGUAAUUUUUGAUGAAGAUAAGUUCAGAGAAUUGACUGUUCUUGAGAGAUCUUACUAUAGAAAAGUUGCUAGUAAGAUGGAAGUGAGCAAGACCACAGUUGGUAGAUGGGCAAAGAAUGGCCUAAUAAGGCCACAUACAAAUGCCAUAAAGCCAGCUCUCACUGAAGCAAAUAAAAUCAGUAGAAUGAGAUGGUGUCUUAGUCAUAUUCAGCCAGCCAUAUAUGAAGGGAAGCUUCUUUACCAUGCAAUGCUCAACACAGUUCAUAUUGAUGAGAAAUGGUUUUACAUGACAAAGGCUUCAGACAGAUACUACCUGUUGCCGGAUGAGGAUGAGCCUUACAGGUCUUGCAAAUCAAAAAGAUUCAUCACAAAAGUGAUGUUCAUGUGUGCUGUAAGUAGGCCACAGUUUGGCACAGAUGGGCAGACCAUCUUUGAUGGUAAAAUAGGUAUAUUCCCAUUCACAGAACAAGUUCCAGCCAAAAGGAAGUCAAAGAAUAGGCCAAGAGGGACACUGGAGACCAAGCCUAUCCCAUCAGUUAACAAGGAAGCAAUGAGAGAAUGUCUCCUGAAUCAGAUUAUUCCAGCAAUCAAGGCUAAAUGGCCAGCCAAUGCAAGCAAGGAGAUAUAUAUCCAACAAGACAAUGCCAAACCUCACCUAAACUCCUCUGACUCACAAUUUGAGGCUCUUGCAAGUUCAGAUGGAUUUAAAUUCCAUCUAAUUAGCCAACCAGCAAACUCCCCAGACACAAAUGUAUUGGACCUUGGCUUUUUUAGGGCCAUACAAUCACUACAAGAUGAUAAAGUAGCCACCAAUAUAGAUCAAUUAUUGGGUAAUGUUUGGAGUUCUUUUGAGGAACUCACACCACAAACUCUGAACAAUGUUUUCUUAACAUUGCAAAGUUGUUUUAGCAAGAUCCUAGAAGUGCAUGGGGGCAACAACUACAAGAUACCCCACUUAAACAAAGAAAGGCUGAGAAGGACAGUGGGGCUUCCUACAUCACUUGAAGUUGAAGAAAAUCUGGUAAGGGAAAGUUUGGAGUAUCUACUACUCCCUGAGAAUGAUGUGGGUGUCUCAUAUGACAUAGGACAUCUAUUCAAUGUUUUAGAUGUGUAA